AUGGACAGCGACCGACAGAGACCUGAGAGAGACACCCCCCCCCAGCACUGGACGAGCUGCAAGCUGAUCAUCGACCCCGCGUUAACCAACGGACUCCACAAAGUGUUCCGCUAUGAUGGACGGCUCUUCAACAUCCCAGUGGAGGACCUAGGUCUGUUCCCUGUGGAGACUGUGAGAGACCCACGCAUCAGCCGCUUGUGGAGCAGAUCAGACCAGACCGAGCUGUCAGUGCCCAAAUUCAAGGUUGAUGAGUGGUACGUCGGCCCUGUUCCUCCCAAAGAGGUGACGUUUUCCAGGUUGAAUGACAAUGUGAAAGAGGCCUUCCUGACCAACAUGUGCAACAAAUAUGGGAGUAUCGAAGAAGUGGAAAUAUUUUACAAUCCCAAGAACAAUAAGCAUUUAGGGAUUGCAAAGGUGGUUUUUGACACGGUGCAGGCUGCAAGAGACGCUGCUCAGCACCUCCACCAGACGUCCGUGAUGGGAAAUAUCAUCCAUGUGGAAGUUGAUCCUAAAGGCGAAAACAGAACCCGAUAUCUCCAGCUCCUCUUGCGUGGCCUUUAUAAUCCCUGGAUGUUGCCAGGUCGCAGCAGUGAGCAAACCCUGCAAGACUUGAUUGGCAGUUUGCUGCGCAGCGCAGCCACACGGCGACAGGGGAGUGUUUCCAGCCCCACCAGCACCGCCACACCCCUCUCCAUGGACACAGCUUACUCCAGUAUUUGGCAGGAUACACCUUGCAGCUUUGGGCUCACGCCACGUUCUCAGGGAACCCCCCUCACCCCUUGCCUGUCUGCCACUCCUCUCUCCCAGGACUCUUGCUACUCCAGUCUUCAGGCGACUCCUGUCCUCCAGGGGGAGCCCUCCUCCAGCUUUAGUGUUCACAGACCAUUAAGACGAGAGCUCUGCCGUCUCAAACCUGGCAGGUAUCGCCGCAGAUCCAGCAACGUCUCUAAGGUCAACCGGGAUUUGAAGCAUUGCCAACCGCAGCCGCCACACGCCCUUUCAUCUCAAGCACAAACAAGAAGCCAGCAGCUUGAACUGUGGGGUCCCAGUGCUCAAUCCUCCACCCACAAUAAUGCACAGCCUUCGUUUAACCUCACCUCCCCCCGUCAAGAGCCCAGAGACGGGAUCACUGCUACCUCAAAGACUUUACCUCCGACCUGUCACUCUUUUAACAUCCUGAACAUGAAUUUCCCAGCUGUAGAGCAGACAGCAGCAUCCCCCUCACCCGAUGACCAUGCAGUUCUUACAGAAUUACCUCCAUCUGCUGGAAAAGGCUCCUCCAGCAGCCCCCGACCACAGGUGGAGAGUCUGGACUCCCGCAUUGAGAAUUUACUAAUCAACAACCAGAGCACUGCCCGCUCAUACUUUGCCAGACAGACUUCUGAGGCUGACGUGCCCUCUCAGGACAGCCCAGAAUCACCUGGCUCUGCUCAUAGCUCCCCUUUCUCCGAUGACUCCAGGGAUCGGCUGCCGGACAGUCAAGGGUCUCUCAGUGAAAAUGAAAAUGAUGAAACCACUCAAGCUGUAUCGUUUCUUACAAGAAACGCCCGGUCCCCCGCUGCAUCAGAGGUCACAGAUUUAGAAAGGAGGGCACACCUGAACACAUAUAAAGAUGCUAAAAGUUUCCAGUCAUUAUCAUGUCCGAAGGAGCAUCAUGCAGUGAAUGCAGAACACUCAGCCAACAGACUGCCUGGAGCUCUGCCACCAACAGGAGACUCUCUUCCUCAGCCCCCCCCUGCAAUUACAGCUGGAUGCCGCCAUCCACCUUCUUUCCCUUUCCCUGUUCCUCCCUUUCCCCCGCCUCGCCUGCCAAACGGCAUCAUCCCCAUCCCACCACCAGGCUGGAUGCCCCCUCCUGGCCAUGUUGGUAUCUCCAUUCCUCCUCCUUCUAUUCCUCCCCGAACAACUUUUUUGGGACCCCCUCCACCUUUGAUGGCGCCACCUUCUGUUCCCCCUCCUAUGCACGUGUACCCUUUAUCCAUGCCGCCGAAAAGCCGUUUGGAUGAGAGGAAUCCUCCGAGGCAUGGCUUCCUUCAACCGCCCUGGCCUGCGCCUCCUUUCCCGAGGUUUAACCCAUUUGUACCACCACCAGACUACCUGCCUGUGCGGGCAGACCCUCAUAAACUCACAGUAGAUAAAGUUUUAGAAGUCCUCAUGGAUGAACUCAAGUCAAUCAUUAAGAAGGACAUCACACGUAAAAUGAUUGAAGGGGUGUCUUUCAAGGCAUUUGAGGAGUGGUGGGACUCUCAAGAGGAAAAAACAAAGAUACAAGUUUCUCCUUUGAAAAAUGGACCGGAAAGUGUGGAUGAGACAAUCAAACAAAUAAAUCCCCUCAGUCAUGUGAGUGGCAAGGGCAAAAAACCUCCACUACCGUCCUUCAAGGUUAAAAGGAAAAGAGACGGUGAUCUUGCCACACCAAAAGAGACAGACACUGUGUUGUCCUCUGCACAUGAAAUUUCUGAUCGAAAACAGGGGGAUGACUCAAUGAAAGCUGCAUCGGAGCGGCAUAAACGCAGACAUGCAAGGCCACACGAGCUAGACAGCGAUGAUGAUGAAGGGCAAGAAGCAGACGAAAUGAUGCCAGACAGGAUGGAGGCUAUUGUGCCUGAAGACAGCGCCUCUCAGAACCUGUGUGACAGAGAACAUGACAAUGAUGAAGAGAGUAAUCCUAACGAGGAAGAAUUCGAAGUGGCACAACACUCCUCAGAGGACGAAUUAGCUGUCAUCUCCCUGAGUGAUGGAUUGCAGAGCUUGGAUGAGGAGCCGUUCUCAGACAGCAGCUACUCCGGGGAAAGCGAGUACGAGUCGUCAGACUUCAACUCCUCUGACUCGUUCUCCUCAGGCAGCUCUGAGGACUCGUCCUCUUCUUACCUCAGUCCUGAAGAUGAAGAAGCCAUGGAGGAGGAGGAAGAGGACGACAGGAGUUAUGUUUGUAUAGUUAUAUCGUCAGAUGAAGAGUCAAUGGGGCAGGACCCUUCCCUUAACUCAGCGGCCCCGCUGACCCCUGGUGCUCAGCUUGAUCUGUACCUGCAGGACUGGUCAGUUCCGUUCCCAACGGGGGAAGGAGAGGAGAAUCAGUGCACAGACUGUCAACAAGACACACAAGACUUUGAUGCUCUGAUGGAGCUCCAAACCAGAGCAUCCCAUGACCUACAGCCCCCAUCACCUCUUGGACUUCCAGCUGAGCCUUACCUUGACUCGGAUAUGGAGAGCCCUGGAUGGUCGCUGGAGUCUCUGGAAACCAUAGAAAACCUCAGGCCUCUCACUCCCAGUGGCUUCUUGGUGGAAAGUGACCCUGACAUCCUGAUUAAAAGCAAACCAACAUCUCCGGCUGCGGAGGAGGUUGAACGACCACAAACACCAGGCAAGCGAACAGUGGCUGAACUGGAAAGUGAGGAGUCAAAUGAAGCCAGUGAAUUCUUGUUCCGCUGCCCAGAAAGCAGCGAGCUCAUUCUAGCUCCCCCUGACCUCCGGGCGGCCUCAUAUCAUUUAUACCAGGAGAUACCAAAAACUCCUGGGAGAGAGGAGAGAAGUGGAUGUACACAGUACAGCUCUGUAAGAACUCCAGCCACACCUGGCAGAGAGACACACAUAUCAGAAGGUAGCGCUGUGAUGUGCUCACCUCUUAAAAGCUCUCCAAUAAUUCCAGCUUUGUCCAACAAUCCAUAUAUAAUCGCUCCAAAGACUCCUGGAAGAGACAUUGUCCUACCCCGAAGAGCAGUAGUCCACAGGAGGAAAUCACAAUUGGGGGCCACCUCACUGCCCCAGUUGGGUGACAACUAUCUUGGAGGUUCUCCCAUCACAGGGAUCUCUCCAUGCAGUCUCUCUGAAUCUUCGUCUGAUGGGAGGAGUGCAUGGACCAGUUCGCGUGUGCGAAAGAAGCCUUUGCAGGGACUGGAGAAUAUGCUCGGCCUCAUGGGUGAGGAGAAAUCUGUAUUUAGGCGAAAACAAUGGAGGAAACUAAAGAGAAGAUGGAGAACUCAUCAUCGGCAGCGCUCCCUUAAAAAACUUGCUGGUCCACUCUCGUACCACAGUCGUCCUCACAGGGGGCGCUCACUGCGUGAGGAGUGGAGAGUCCUUCAUAGUAUUUGGAAAGAGGGUCUGGAUCAAGAAGAUGCCAGGCUGCUGCAGUCGACAUUUGAGCGGCUGCAAGAGCAGGAUAAUGGUUUUGGGUGGCUCAGUGACACCCUCUGGAUACCUCAUCCUCUGACUAAAGUCCCCACAGAGCAGAGUGAGGAACAGAAGCCAUGGCCAAAGCACCGGACCGGCUCUGCUCGCAGUGAAGGGUUCUACAAAAUCAGCAGGAAGGACAAAUUGAAAUAUUGGAAAAACACAAAGCUGGACGCGGAGCUUCCAUCCACAAGUACUCAGGGAACAUCUACUCCAGUCAAGCCCUCCCCCUCACUGCUGCGUGCUGGAUCUGGCUUCAGGUCUGAACAGCGCCGCCUGAUGUCCUAUUUCAGCUUUGACAGUGAUCUGCUCAAGUUCAACCAGCUGAAGUUUCGAAAGAAGCGGAUUCGUUGCAGUCAGAGUCACAUUCAUGCGUGGGGCCUGUUUGCGAUGGAGCCUAUAGCAGCAGAUGAGAUGGUGAUUGAGUAUGUGGGACAAAUCAUCAGACAGGUUAUUGCUGACAUGAAGGAGCAGAGAUAUGAGAAGGAGGGCAUCGGUAGCAGCUACUUGUUCCGGGUUGAUCAAGACACCAUCAUUGAUGCCACUAAAUAUGGGAACCUAGCCAGGUUCCUCAACCACAGCUGCAAUCCUAACUGUUACGCUAAGAUUAUCACUGUGGAGUCUCAGAAGAAGAUCGUGAUAUAUUCCCGGCACCCGAUAAGCAUCAACGAGGAGUUAACGUACGACUACAAAUUUCCCAUCGAGGAGACAAAGAUUCCUUGCUUGUGUGGAGCAGAAAGCUGCCGCGGCUACUUGAACUGAUCUCCAAUGAAGUGUCCUUGU